AAAGUUCCCUGAAAACAACCUCAACUGAAUAAUUGAAGAAAUGGCAGAAGUAAAAAGAACCAUCCGAGUCACCACUGAACAACAUAUCUUGAAGGACUUACCUCCUGUGGAAAACUUCCCCAUGAGACAGUGGUCCACUACUAUUUCCAUGUUGAACCAAGAGGGACAAGAGAUCCCCGCCAAUAUAUUGGAUAAAGUGACGUACACCUUACAUCCAACCUUUGUCAACCCUAUUAGAACCAUAAAGACCCAACCUUUCAAGGUAGAAGAACAAGGAUGGGGUGAAUUUGACAUCCCCAUUGCCGUCCAUUUGGUGGGAUUGAAUGGUAAGUUGGGAGAAAGAAAAUUCAACCAUGACUUGAAUUUCUUACAAGAAAAGUACAUUGUGGAUCAUGUUGUUAGUAUUCCAACCAAUAAGUCAUCCAUUUUAAAUAAGUUGUUGUUGGAAUCCGGUCCAGUGCCAACUGCUGAAGACUCCAGCAAGAGAAGAAAUGAUGACUUGAAUAACUCCGCCAAUAACAAGCUGAAGAAGUUGAAAAACGGCUCUAGUAUCGCCGUCAAAGGUUCCAUUGAUUUGGAAAAGUUGGCGAACGGAUUAACCAAGUUGAAUGAGGAUGACUUGAUUGUAAUAGUCCAGAUGGUUACCGACAACAAAACAAACGAAAUGAACAUCAGAAAUGACGUUGACAAUGGAGAAUUCACAAUGGAUUUGUAUACGUUACCUGAAUCUUUAUUGAAGAGUUUAUGGGAUUACGUUAAAAAGCAAACCGGUGAGGCUUAGAGUGUCAAAAGAUUCGUUUGUCCAAAAAAAAUUCAAGAUAAAACCAAAGAUAAAACUGUAUAACUAUUAAUAUAUGUAUAUUUGAAGU